UGGGCAGUGCACCAGCAGGGGUGGUGUCCAAUUAACCAUCACAUCAGCUCAUUUUUCGGUUUCUGGAAGGCAGAGAGUUGAUGAUUAUGUCUAAGCCCACUUCAAAGCCUUCCAGGCUCUCGGAUUUUAUGUUCUGUGCUGGCUUUGUGUUGGGGUUCUGUCUCUGUUUCAUGGCCAUUGCUUACUACAGAGCAUAUCAGAUCUCUCAGGGGACAGUGCCCUUGCCCUCACGGACCAGCAGCCUCUUGGGUGAGCUCCCUUCAGUACACCACUCUGCUGUUGCCACUAAUGCCUCAGUCCUAUCGCCAUUGCCCCCCUCCCCCACCCCCUCCUCUUCGGGUCGGCUGCUCUGCUGGGUGUUGACCUCACCCAAGACUCUGUGGACCAAAGCUAAACACAUAGUGAACACCUGGGGGCCUCGCUGUGACACACUGCUCUUCAUGAGCUCUAAGCCGGACCUCCUGUUCCCUGGGACCGUGCUGGCUCUGGCGACAGAGGAGGGACGGGACAAACUGUACAAUAAGACCAUGGCCGCUUUCAACUUACUGCAUGAUGGUUACCUAGACAAGGCUGACUGGUUCCUCAAAGCUGAUGAUGACACCUAUGUGAUCGUGGAAAACCUUCGUCUGCUCCUGUCUCGGUUCAGCCCAGACAGGCCUGUGUAUCUGGGCAGACGUUUUCGCCGCUUUGUCCAUCAAGGUUACAUGAGUGGUGGUGCUGGCUAUGUACUGAGCCGCGAGUCUGUGAGCCGCUACGUCAGGGCCCUGCACCACGGGACCUGCACCCAGUCCACCUCUGCAGAGGACCUACAGCUGGGUUUCUGCCUCCAGAAGCUGGGAGUCCCGGCAGGGGACUCUAGAGACCACCAACACAGUGAAACCUUCCACCCCCUGUGGCUGGGUAACCUUCUCUGUCCCAAAGACAUACUGCCCAAAUGGUUCUACCAGUACAACUAUUACCCUUCCAAAGUGGGUCCAGACUGCUGCUCCAAUUCAUCUGUAUCCUUCCAUUACGUUCGGCCAGUCAGAAUGUACAUGCUAGAUUACUUCCUGUACCAUCUCAGUCCAGUGGGUGGCCACAGCCCAAAGCUGGGUGAGACCAGAGAGGAAUAAGCAGAGACUCCUUUCUGUGGAUUUGACAGUGACAUCCCUGAUAAUAAAUAAUAAUAUACAUGCUCGCACCCUAA